GUCCUAGGCAGCCACAUUGAAAACCACAUAUAAGACCUCCCGACCCGGAUGAACUUGGAAAAGAGGUCCUUUACCUCCCUAUAUCUCUGCACAAGAGCUCUAGAAACCGGCUGAGUGCUGAAGACUUCCCGUUCUCUUCUUCAGACGGUAUCAAGGGCCCCCUGCCAGAUCCUAUCCGACGAAAUGGGAUUGAAUACCCGGCUGAACUCAGAUGCAAACCUCUCCAUAGAGCACCUAUCUCUACCAAGCCUACCAGCUCAACCAAAACUGCACACAAAGUCAAGAUUCUCACAGUCAGCAAUCAACUCACGAGGAUGAGGCGAUCGCAUACGCUAUGGCAAAACCUGAAAGCCUACGCAGCUCGUGGCAUCUAUAUGGGCCCCAACGCAAACCCCUCAUUUUUUCGUGAAGACGUCGAUCACAAAGGAUGGUUCAAUACUUGGACAGCAAGAGGCAAUCGAUCCGUCCCUCCAAUGAAACAACAGGCCGAUGCGGUGAAUGCUAUUUCUGCUUGGCUCGGUACUCACAUUAAUAGCCCAGAGCCAAUUGUCAACUGCGAGGAUUCAGUUCAAGAUCAGAUUCAACUACAACUUAUGCAGCCAUUGGGGUACAUCUUACAGACUCGAUAUCGCAAUACUGUUAUGGACCCGCUACGUGGAACGUCCGACGACCAAACUUGGCACCAUGAAGUCCCGAAGAAGGAUACAAAGAAGAAUGCGAAGAAGGUCUCGGAUGAUCAAAUUUCUACCGGCGAUCAAGUCGUGGACCAGGAUUCUUCAACCAGCGGUCAAGACCACGAAGAUGCCCACAACCGACAUGAUAAGUCUGAAGAGGAAGGGGCCCAUUCUAAUACCCAGGGAGCUGACCAGAGUGAUAAUGAUGACAAGGACAAACAGAGCGAUCUUCGUUCAGACAUCCCAGCACGGGGAGCACCACCGGCUGCGUUUAUGCCUUUCUGGGGGCGCAGCACGUACGCUGCCCAUAAGAAUGCAAAGAAAAUGGCUCUUGCACAUCAUAAAGGAGGUCUUGCUGGUUUUCCCGAUUUCUUAAUGAUGGGCAGCGGUAGUCAUCAAGAUCACGGUGGUAUCGGCGAAGGGAAAACGAGUUGGGGAGUCUCGAAUGAUGUUCUUCAAAAUGAUCUGUUUGACAAAUCCAUGGCGCCUAAAGGCAAAUUUCUUUGGACAUCCAAGGGCCAAAUGCCAAACCUUGUUCGCCAGAUCUGGGGCGAAUUGGAGUUUUUCUCUUCGCAAUGGGGGUUCUUCACCAAUGGAAGUCUCAUUAUGGUGUUCGUCAAGACGUCAAAGAAUGAGCUUGUUUUCUCGGACUUCCAACCCUGGGAGCAAGAUGACGUCCUUCAAGCCUUGGCCGGCUUGUCCUUUGCCGCAUAUGAUACUGUUAAGGAGGAACUGUUUCAAGAGACUGAUUUGAACCUGAUUGAAAUGCUCUGCCCUGAGAAUAGUCGUGUUAUGGACUGGUAAAUUUUUGUGGAUCAGUAUUCUCGGGGCAAUGUAAGAAAUGUGCCCUAUGUAU